UCAAGUUCCAAGUUACGCGCUGCGUAUAUGCCGUAUCACACGUGCAAAAGCUUCCCGAAUGAAGCGCGUAUCACGUGUAACGCAUCCCUCCGACGAGUUCUCCGAUUGUUUUAAGACUCAUGAACGGUUGUCUCUUGAAAACGUCGUCUGCGAAAACAUAUCCGUGCCGACGUGCUUCCGCUGUUAUAUUCUGCGUGCGGAAAAUCGCCUCCAAUAUGCGAUAUCAAACGGAACCUACAGUGCAUAUAGUUGGCUCGCAAAGACUCCCUGAGGAUAUGCGAGGGAGGAUGUCGGAAUAAACGCGCGAGGUGUUGUGGUGACUCAAGCGACAGCUGUUUGUGAGGUGAACCUUUUAUCUAGGGUCCGAAAUUUAAGUGGCCGCGCUCCAUUCUUCCGCGAGUUUUGGAAAGCUUCGAAAGCUUUCACAAGUCGCUGUGUGCUAUUGUUGUUGUGGCAGCACGGUCUACGUCAUUCAUUUCUCGCUGCGGGGCAACACGCAUUGGGUGCAAGGAGAAAAGUUCAUGGGGGAGUAGAGCUCGCUUCAAGACAUUUGGCAUCCCACGCCGCCUGUUCAGCAAGCCCACCGAGGACUGCAGUCAAGGAUCCGGCGGAAUUAUAUUACCGAAUGGAUAAUGGAAUAAAAGCUAUUUAUGUGAAUCAAAUAAGCUCAGCAAACACGAACAAGACAACCGUGCCGCUUGUUAAUUCACAUGAAGACUAGGCUAAAUAAUCGAAACACCGCAGUCCACAUCAAUCGGUAUCAGUCAUUAACAUCGACGCUAUAACAACCCUAGUGGAACAAAAGAAUAGGCACUUGACGGACAUCAAAUACUCAACUUUGCGGACACGGCGGUGGCCCAGAAUGGUCCAUCAACAUUGUUCAGGAGGUUCAUCAACGGGGUACGUGUAUGACAACCAAGAGUUCGAAAGCGAUCAAGUACCGAAUCGUCCAGAAGGCCAACGGAUGAAUCAUGCAGACUCACUCGAAGAAACCCCAUCCACCUCCGGAUAUUCUUCCACGAGCAGUUCGACAAGAGCUCCUGAAGACAGGUCACUUUUAGGACGUUUCCGUCGGAAAGCGUGGCUCCUUCCAAUCAUCCACACCCAGUUCUGGUUUGCUGCUUGCUUCUCGCUCAUGGCGCCGUACUUUCCACAUCUAGCUGAAUCGAAGGGCAUCGCAGCGUGGAAAUACGGCUUUGUGUUUUCUUCUUUCAAGAUGGCCAUGCUUCUGGGUUCCAUCUGCGGCGACAAACUGAUGAUGUGCCUCACACCAUCCCGGGUGUACCUCGGUGGUCAAGCGGGAUUCUUCUCUUUCAUGGUUAUGUUUGGGGCUAUCUACUGGUCACCAGGAGGCGACGUCCUCUUAGGCCUUGCCAUUGCAGUCGCACUGUUUGGGGGUUUCAUGUCUGCCAUGUACUCAGUGAGCAUGUACUCAAUCGUCACAGAACGGUUCACAGCCAAUACAGGGAUCAUUAUUGCAUGCAUGGAGUGCCUAUGGGGAAUCGGCGGCAUGACAGGUUCUGCUCUUGGUGGUGUGCUUAUUGACCUGUGGAAGUACCCUCUACCGUUUUUCGUCAUCGGAGGAGUCAUGAUGCUUUCCCUCCCGGUCAUAGCAAGGCGGGGCCCCAUUCCCAGAAAGCACAGGCGUGUCAUAACGGGUAGCAGUUCUGCGGAGCACGUCAGGUACUACAAGGCGUUCUGUGAUCCGAUCUUCUUAGCCGACAUGGUGACUGUUAUGCUGAGUUGGAUUAUCAUGGCAUUCAAUGAACCGACCCUCGAGCCUUAUCUACACCAGUUUCACCUGACGAGUACUCAGACCGGAGCAGUGUUCACGGUGCAGUUCGCGAGCUACUGCAUCGCUACUGUGCCCGCGGGAAUACUCUGCAGCUAUCAUCUAGAAGAGUGUUUUAUGUUCUUCGGCCAGUGUCUGACUGCCACAGCCUACCUCAUAUUGGGACCUGCUCCUUUUCUGCCAGGACCUCCGAGGCUAUGGAUGAUCUACCUCUCUCAAGUGUUUACUGGUGUCGGCAUGUCAGCUCAAUUCGUCUGUUCUUUCAGCCACGCUCUUAAGAGGCUUAUCAAGAAAGGUUACCCGGAUACAAUACGAACGAGCGGUUUCGUGUCCAGCUGCAUGUUCACGUUUCUAGUCUUUGGUGCAAUCACCACUCCACCGAUAGCGGGAUAUCUGGUCGAAAAACUGGGUUACAGGUUGGGAUCUAUGCCGCUUUUCGCCAUCCUCACCUUGUGGAGCGUCGUAACCCUCACGCUAUGGAUCAACUCGCUGUGCUGCAGCAAGAGCGCAGCACCAAGGACGGACGAAUCCCUGGCGGAGAGUUACCCGGUAAUAAAUACGAGCGUGGAAGAGGCUGUUGUGGACUAUGGCUCGCUGCAGAGGAGAACGUCAUGAUAUCAUAUCGGCGUAACUAUAUGCGUCAACUACUGCCCUGGAACAGCCUUUGUGUUUGACCUUAUUCAGCAACGCUGACAAGAAGGUGUGCAAAAGGGUUGUUGGAGGACAAUACAGAGGGCGACCUCGUGCAAUGCGCGCAACACAUUAGAGUAAUAUCGCCUGCACUGUGCACCUCGCAUUGUUAGGUAGUACACGGUAGGUAGGUAUCACACUGGUGGUACACUUCGGGUACAGUGUGUAUGUGUACCACCAGGCAGAAGCUGUCGUCGAGGUUACGUCUAGACUUGUUGUAGAAAUGGAUGCGGUGGACACAGCGGCAAAACGUAUGUGCGAUUCUGGGAAGUGUAAUAACAAGAAAACGGUAUUAAAGGUACUUUGGACCGCUCA